AUGGAGCAAACAUGUGAUGAUAUAGAUGAAAUGUUCAGCAAUUUACUUGGGGAAAUGGACAUGCUGACUCAGAGUUUAGGGGUGGAGACGUUACCAUCUCCAUCCCCCAAAGCAGCCAACAAGGAAUUCAGCUUUACAGUUGGUUUUAAAGAUUUAAAUGAAUCCCUAAGUACACUAGAGGACAAAGACCUAGAUGCUUUAAUGGCUGAUCUUGUAGCAGAUAUAAAUGAAGUUGAACAGCGAACUUUACAAGCCCAGAAGACUAUGGGCAAUCAGCAAAGUACUGUCACUCCACCUUCAACAGGCUUGGAUACUGCCACUUCUCAUAAAUCAAGCACCUAUGUUACUAUUACGGGACGGUUUGGAGACGAUUUGCCCCCUCCACCUCCAGACCCUAGUUUAGACCUUCCACCGCCACCACCACCACCUCCUCCUGAGCCACUCACUCAGGAAGAACAAGAGGCACAGGCUAAAGCUGACAAGAUUAAACUUGCAUUGGAGAAAAUGAAAGAAGCCAAAAUUAAAAAGCUGGUUGUCAAGGUGCACAUGUACGAUAACAGCUCAAAGUCGCUCAUGGUGGACCAGCGGCAGGUGACACGGGAUGUUUUGGACAAUCUCUUUGAGAAAACCCAUUGCGACUGCAACGUGGACUGGUGUCUCUAUGAAAUGUACCCAGAGCUGCAAAUAGAACGGUUUUUUGAAGACCAUGAAAAUGUUGUUGAAGUGCUGUCAGGCUGGACUCGAGAUACUGAGAAUAAGAUUCUAUUUUUGGAAAAAAGUGAAAAAUAUGCUUUAUUUAAAAAUCCCCAGAAUUUCUACCUAGCAAACAAAGGGAAGAAUGGAGGCAAAGAGAUGAAUGAGAAAAACAAAGAGGCUUUACUGGAGGAAAGCUUCUGCGGGACAUCUGUCAUUGUGCCAGAGCUUGAAGGGGCCCUUUAUUUAAAAGAAGAUGGAAAAAAAUCCUGGAAGAGGCGUUAUUUUCUUCUACGGGCUUCUGGAAUUUAUUAUGUACCCAAAGGAAAAACCAAGACAUCCCGGGAUCUGGCGUGCUUCAUUCAGUUUGAGAAUAUGAAUGUUUAUUAUGGUACUCAGCACAAAGUGAAGUACAAGGCACCUACAGAUCACUGUUUUGUCUUAAAGCACCCUCAGAUACAGAAGGAGUCACAAUAUACCAAAUACUUAUGCUGUGAUGAUCAAGCAACUCUGCAUCGGUGGGUAACAGGUAUAAGAAUCGCCAAGUAUGGCAAGACACUAUAUGAUAACUACAAAAGUGCAGUGAAGAGAGCUGGCAUCGGCCCUCGGUGGGCAAAUCCAGGGACGAUGGAACCAGCGGUGUCCACAGGAUCCUUACCAACAGAUUCUGUUCAGGCAAAUGGACGGAUUCCCCAAAUUGUUCCUCCUUCCAGUGCAGAGUUUUCAGAGGAGAAGAAAGAGGAUACAUCAGAAGCCAGGCCAAAUGGUGUCAACGCAGCUGGCCUUGCACAACCGGUGCUGAGGCCACAGAAACAGCAGAGUAGGAAGGGCUCUCUGCAGCCUCCUCCUCCACCUGAACGGCGCUCAUCUGCUAUCACUGCUUCACCAGUUCUGCCCCCCAAAGUCAAACGAGACAGCGGCAUCUUCCUAACAGAUCCAGACAGCUUUCCAGCACCACCACCUUCACUGAAGAUGGAUUUGCCACAACCACCACCUUCACUGAAGAUGGAUUUGCCACCACCACCACCUGAGUUCUGUGAACCUCCUCCUGAUUUUGUGCCUCCACCACCACCCUCUACCAGCAGCAGUAACGGAGAUUUGCCCCUGCCGCCGCCACCUCCACCUGCCUCCAGUAAGGUGCCACCUGUGACAAAGAAACCUGUGCCACUUCCUCCAAAAAGGCAAGAAAAUGCAGGACAAGAUGGAGCAGCACAGGCAGCUGGGCCACCUCCAAUUGGGGGUGGAGGCAAACAGGUAGAUUUCAUGUCUGACCUAAUGAAAGCUCUUGAGAAGAAAAGGGGUAGCAGCUCCUGAACUCUGAGAGCAGAUGGACUUGAAGACAUAACUGUUGGUGUUUGGUGUCAUGGAAGGUGGUGGGGGACGAGGCCCACCAGGA